AUGUCUCUGGCUUCCUCCCUCCACGAUCCCUGCCGUCCACCAGCCGGAGACUUCACAGACUAUAGUGGCUACGAUUUGCGGAGUUCCACGGAGUACAGAUAUCGGUGGCUCCGACCGGUUCUUUGGGACACCGGAGUGCUGCUUCCGUGCUGUCGGCCUGUGCGGAUCUCCCAGCGGGGCUGUGUGCCGGGAAAUCUCCGCUCGCUCAGUCGCUUCUCUCUCCAGGCUGACCGAUGCUCAGUUCACACGGCCCUAAUAAAUGUCAGAUCCCUUACAAAUAAGACGUUUAUUUUGAACGACUUUUUUACAACACAUGAUCUGGAUUUCCUCCUGUUGACAGAGACCUGGUUGAAACCAGGUGAGAACAGCGCCUUUUCGGAGCUCCUCCCCCCCGGCUGUUCCUUCGUCAGUACCCCGCGAGCUGCCGGUCGCGGGGGCGGCCUGGCUGCUAUAUUUAAGGACAGCUUCAGAUGCCGGACGAUAACCGCCAAUAACUUCUCCAGCUUCGAACUGCAGCUGUUCGUGAUCAACCUUACCUGCCCUGUGCUGUGUGCCUUAGUUUAUCGCCCACCCAGAUCUAAUAAGGACUUCCUUCAAGAGUUCUCAGAGUUUUGUCUGAGUUUCUCCCAAAUUUCCCUCACAGAAAUAGUCGACACUGCUAUCUCGGAUCACCUCCCUGUUGUUUUUGACUUUGCUGCCCCCCUACCUCCCAAUAAGCCAGUCUCUCCAGCUUGCAGACGCCGAAUUUUUACUCCAUCAACGGCCGGGGAGUUUGCUGCUGCCUUCAGAAACUCUCAGCCGCCUGAUGACUGUGGGCUGACUGCUGUACUCGAGCGGUUUGAGACCAUUUCUUUGCUUUCUUUUACUAAGGUGGUUAGCGGCAUGAAACCCACUAACUGUCCCUUAGAUAUUAUUCCAGCAAAGUUUUUAAAGGAGGUUUUGAGCUCCAUUGGGUCAAGUUUGCUUGUUUUUAUAAACACUUGUCUUAGCUCAGGGUCUGUUCCAGCUGCCUUCAAACACGCUUUGGUUAGGCCCCUCAUAAAAAAACCGCAUCUUGACCCCUCUGUGCUCUCCAAUUUUAGACCUGUCUCCCACUUGCCUUUUCUUUCUAAGGUUUUAGAAAAAGUUGUUUUUAUUCAAUUGCAGACUUUUUUGGAGAUCAAUUCUAUCCUUGAUAAAUUUCAGUCUGGUUUUAGAUCCCGACAUAGCACAGAGUCAGCAUUAUUAAAGGUGCACAAUGAUAUUGCCUUGUCUGUUGACGCUGGGAAUCCUGCCGUGCUGGUACUGCUCGACCUCACAGCAGCCUUUGACACAGUCGACCAUGCAGUCCUUGUAUCUCGCCUAGAGCACGUCGGCAUCUGUGGCACCGCUCUCCAGUGGUUUAGGUCAUACCUGGCAAACAGGAGUUUCUCUGUCGCGAUUGGUGACCACUGCUCCUCAAAGGCGUCACUGCCCUGUGGGGUGCCACAGGGAUCUAUUCUCGGCCCUAUUCUGUUUUCAAUGUAUAUGCUACCUCUGGGAUCAAUUAUAAAAAAGCACAACCUGUCUUUUCACUUUUAUGCCGACGACUUGCAGAUAUAUUUGCCCAUUAAACCAAACGAAAACACUGCACUUACCAAGCUUCUGGACUGCAUCACAGAUAUAAAGCAGUGGCUGUCACAGAACUUUUUGCACUUAAACGACAGCAAAACUGAAUGCAUUUUGUUUGGUUCUCCAUCUAUGUCAAAUGUUCUCACCACAAUCUCUGGCACUCUGGCCCCCCUUUUUAAAUCUCAUGUCAAAAAUCUCGGGGUAACAUUUGAUAAUGGGCUAAAAUUUGACAAACAGAUUAGCUCUGUUGUCAGCGCAAGCUUUUUUCAGCUCCGUCUUUUAGCCAAAGUCCAGUCCUUUCUCAGUCGGCAGGAUCUUGAGAAGGCAAUCCAUGCUUUCAUCAGCUCAAGACUGGACUACUGCAACGCCCUUUACGUUGGCCUUAGUCAGUCAUCAAUUUCGCGUCUCCAACUCGUGCAGAACGCUGCUGCCCGAUUUUUAACAAGCACGUCCAGACGUGAACACAUUACCCCGGUGCUGUCGUCACUCCACUGGCUUCCAGUCCGUUUUAGAAUUGAUUUUAAACUCCUGCUGUUUGUUUUUAACGCCAUUUAUGGCUUGGCCCCCUCGUACUUGACUGAGAUUUUAACUGUUCGCGAUUGUGGCAGAGCCUUGCGCUCCUCGGGUCAGUGUCUGUUAGAGGUCCCGAGGUCAAGACUUAAACAGUGGGGCGAUUGUUCUUUUGCCGUCGCUGCUCCCAGACUGUGGAACAAACUACCCCCUGACAUCCGCACCACUACUGACCUCAGCCUUUUUAAAACGAAGCUUAAGACCCACUUUUUUAAAUUAGCAUUUAAUUCCCACUAG